AUGGCAGGUUCCCCAAUGAAGGACAAAUUCACUAAAAAUUUACCUUACAACGAAAACAAUGGAAGUUCCGAAAGGGGAUUACGAGUUUCAUUUGCUAAUUGCGGACCGGAAGUCAAGGGUAACGAAGAAGCAAAGCAGGCGGCUGAAAAGCUUGGCGCAAUUGUCGGAGCCCUUGUUUUUCCUCCAAAACCUGCCCGUGUUUUCCUAUACAUACAACCACAGAAUAUAAAAUAUGAAAGAGCGAAAAGUAUAUCAGUUAGCAUAUCUUUGGAGCACGAAAUUAACACUCUCACGAAGUUAACAGAUUUUUAUAAGGAAGAUAAUGAAAUUCAUAUGGAUACAUUUUGGGAGGAAAAACCAACGUUUACGUUAACUAUUAAACAGGAUGAUUUGGCCGACAUUGAAAAAUUCACUGAAUCACCUAUGAAAUUGAUUCUUUACGAAAAUGUGCUAUCAGAUCCUAACGAAGUUGAUUUUGCUGAUACAAAGGAAAAAGUACCUGUUAAAAAAGCUACGGCCUACGGUCACGUAGAUUUGAUUGAAUUUUUUGAAAAAAAACGUUCGCAUACAUCUGUAGAGACAUUCUUAUACCCUUUGGAUGUUUCCUGGGCUAGCGAUAGUUGUAAAAUAACUUGGAAAAUAUACACAUUAAUGCCAAUCAUGCGAGAAGUUAGGCUUUCAAACGUCAUCUUCAUUGGGCUUACAUCAUUAUUUAAUAUCGAGGAUAGCAUUUUGGACAAUUGCGACGACUUGGUAGCUAAGCUUUCGUUUCAGUCAAGAGAUCUUAACGAAAGGGGAACAUAUGAAAAAAUAUUUAUUUGUAAAUAUACAGUCUUUACUAAACAAAUUAUUAGUGAACAAAACACAUUUUAUAAGUGGGAAAAAUUAAAAGAUCCUGAGAUUGAAAAUUACGCAAGCUUGGGCAUUUAUUCCGGCAUAAAGUUCUCGAUAGGUAAUUUAUUUACAAAUCUAUUACGCACCGAGAAUGUUGAUUUCAACUUCGAAGGCAUCGACAUAGACCAAGAUUAUGCUCUUGUUUGCAAUUCGACGCAUCGUUUCAUUUUGACAGACAAAUGGCAUAUUGAUCUGGAAAAACAUCUGGCCUGUGACAAAUACGAAAUAAUUGUAGAAAUCUACAAAGAAUCGGACCCAGAGGCAAUACUUUUGCAAGGCUUUAUUGAUUUAUCCAUAUUUAUGUAUCCUGGAGUCAUCAAUUGCUCAUUCGCUGUUGAAUUGAAACCACCGAUGAGAGCAUCUUUGACUAUGUCAAGAUAUUCGAAAUCUUGGGGAAAUCAAAAAAGUGUUUACAGCGAAAACUAUUUAGAUGGCAUAGUUAAGAAAACAACAUUUACUGUUAUAAGUGUUUGCACGAAAUUACCAAUUACAGAGCCAGCAGAGGAUUUAAAUGAGACCUAUAACAAUUAUAAAGUGCAAUGUGAUAUUUUUAAAGAUUGUUGGAAACGUGAGGUCAAGAAAAAAACAGUUUCUUUGUCUGAAGAGAGGACAUGCGAAGAGAAAUAUAAAUCAUUCGAUGACCAGAUACUAAGGCUAAUACGUCACAUGGCUGAAAAUAACACGUUGUCAAGGCCCGACAACAACAACAAAUCAUUCUUUUGUACGCAGAUCACAAACAUUGUUAAUCGCAUCUUGCCGCUUAUAGCGUGCGAUUUUAAUGUACGUUAUCCGACGAAGACAAACGCAGAGUUUGUGGAUUUAAUGACAAUCGUGUUUCGCGAAUUGACGAAGCGUUGUUCCGGUCUGGUUCAAGAGGCUCUGAAAGAUUUAUUGUUUCGAGACACUAUUGCUGGCAACGAUAUGCAAAGCCUCCUCAUACGAGAAAUGGAUUUUGCUAAAUUAUUAUACCACAUGGGUAAUAAGGAAAUGAGUCAAUACUUAUUCGAUAUGCUGGACAAGAAGUACAAUCGUUACGCGUUAUAUCGAUUUUAUGUAUUUCUCUAUAAUGUCGAAAUGGAAAAUUUUGAGUUGGCGAGACAAUAUCUAAACAGACCUUGGCAGGAGAGGUACGAGGAUGGCGGCAUAUCCGUCACAAACCUUUGCGAAAUUUAUUUGGAUUAUAUGGAAGAUAUAAAUAGCGUGGAUGGCGAAAAUAACGCAGCAGAGAAUCUAUUAAAUGCUUUAACCCAUUACUGUGAAGAAGUGCAACCAAAAAUUCCAAUUGGUUGGAUGAUUUUAUAUUGUAUCUAUAAGAAGCAUGAUUAUCGACCAGGCAUGAGCUAUGCUCGUUGGAAAUAUGAAAAUGUCAUGGAAAACUUAUUUUUUAAAAUUGAAUACAUACCGAAAAGUCGUUGGCAAAUAUUUAAUAACUUUCAACCAAAAUUAGGAACGGAAAGACAAACGUAUUUUUGGAAAGCGUGUGAAGCCCUUCUACAAUUGGGUCUAUAUCAUUUUGCAUGGUUAUUAUUUGAAGAAAUUGCCGAUGAGCUGGAGGAAGUUGAAAGAUAUAUUCUGAAUACAAGUUUUAAAUUGGCCGUGAAUCUUAUUAAAUCAAAAUUCAUAACACGAAGCUUUUCAUCCGCAGCAAAAUCAUCAGACGAACUGAAAGCGUUUAUGUGUCUUGUCAAUGGCAAUAUUGAAUAUUAUCGUCAGCCCAAUGGUUCAGCUGCUAUGAGUCAUUAUGGCGCCAUUCUCGAUAUCAAGAAUGCAAGGAGGGAUUCCAGAUUUCAGUUAGGUAUACUACGUUACGCCUAUCGUAUGUUAGAAGAGAAAGAAUUUGAUGAAGCCUUGGAAGCCUUUCAAUUUGCAAGCACAAGCGAUGCUGAUGAAUUAAUUGCGAAUAUAGGCAAAGCUAAAGCCUUAUAUUUUUUAAAUCAUUUGGAAGAAGCCGAACUAUAUUUUGCUGAAGCCACUCGCUUUACAAUCUAUUUACCUAACACCUGGGCUUACCUCGCUUUGAUAAAUUUAAGAUUAGGAGAAAAUUAUAAGGCGCUGCUGUGUUGGGAAUAUGCCCACUUGGAGCCGGAUGUCCUUAUUCACGAAGAAAUAUUAAACGAAUUGGCUAACGUGGACAUAGAAGAUAUAUCAUUAUACAUAGACACUAAGGAACCGCAUUUUUCAUAA